AAUCGGAAAAUCAAAUCCACACCGGCAAACUUAAGAAGAUAUAAUUGCAAAGAUCCGCCCACACGGAUGAAUAAUCAAGGACGCGAGAAUAAAGUGGAAGAUUCGUGUUCAAUAAACCAAGGAUUAUCGGGAGGUGCUGCUAGCAACGUCAAUCCUUCGAUGGAUAAAGAGAACAUGUUGGAGGCCAUCAUCUUAGAGGCGGUACAGAUAGCCGAACGUUUUCGGGUUGAGGAGCGAAGUAUUACACGUUAUGUGGAGAUGCUCCUGGAAGAGGUAAUAGAUGGGUCGAGGAAGAUGCUGGAUAUCUGGAGAGAGAAAGGACCGGAAGAGAGGAGCAGGCUAAAUUAUAUGCUAGCUGACUUUGCUGAGGCAGCUCAAUAUUUAGCAGAGCAUAUAAUAUAUGGUAGUGAAUACGCUUUUCAUCAUGAUGAGUAUCCUUCCUCAGUCAUCAUGAAUAGAAUACAAAGUGGCAAGGAGGAGUUUGAAGUUUGUAACGACAUGCACGGCGUUGGAGAAGAAGAUGGUGUGGUGGUGGGCUUGGAGAAAGACGUGCAACAGCUUAUCGGCAGAGCAAUUCUUAACGAGGAUCCGGACCUCUUGAUUUCGUGUAUCAAAGGCAUGGUUGGUGUGGGGAAGACGACUCUUGCCAGACAAGUGUACAAUCAUCCGGUUGUCGUUGAAAAAUUCAAGUACCGCCGUGCAUGGAUAACCUUUUCUGGUUACACAAGCGUACGUCUGGUGCUUGUGGAACUCGCAAAGCAGCUGUUGGUGGAAUUUGAUGGGGUUUCGUUGUUGCUCGAGGAAAUGGACAACCAAAGUAUUCGACGGAUGCUUUGCCAUAACAUGGAAGGAAUGCCAUGUUUCAUAGUUCUCGACAACAUGCCAAGAGAGAUGCUUCUGAAAUUCAUCUAUAUUGAUAUUCUGCUAAAAGGUGAUGGAAGUAGAAUGUUGAUCACCUGUCACUAUAAGCUUUCAGGAGACAUCUUUUAUACUCAUGAAAUGAAAGCGUUGGAUUCUGAUAAGAGCUGGCAAUUGUUUUUGAAAACAAUUGAUACACUUACAAAUGAUGAGAGCAAAUUCUCAAAGGAGUUGGAGAGGAAGGCGAAAGAGAUGUUGAAAAAAUGUGGGGGUUUGCCGCUAGCUAUAAUAGAUGUGGGAAGGCAGAAAGCAAAGCAAAGACUUGCAGGGAUUGAAUGGGAAGAGAUUUUUGAUUCAAUUGAUUUGAGUGAGACAUUGAAGUUAUUGGAACCGAUGUAUCAUGAUUUGGAUGAAUAGUUGAAGCCAUGUUUCUUGCAUUUGUCCUUUUUUAAGGAAAAUGCAUUGAUGAGGGAAGAAAAGUUGGGUCAUAUUUGGAAUACAACUGGAACACGUAUGCGAUAUUUUACAUUCGAAAGAGAAUUAGUAGUAAGAGUACAAUAUUAUAUACGAGGUUUAGUCGAUGAAUCCAUUAUUGAAGUUGUGCACGAUUUCCGAUUCGAAGAUGAAGUAAAAGUAUGUCGCACCAAUCCUUUACUACACAUGUUAUCCAUCAAAAUAGCAGAGGAGGAAUUGGGGUUGGAGAUAAUAAGGAAUGAUGGAAAUGACCGACCCUCUCAGAGCCCUCGUCAUCGUAUUAUCCAUUGUGGCAGAGACAAGUUUAAUCACUCAACGAAUCAAGACAAAAAUAUUGUUUCUCUCAUCUUCCAUGGAGGUGGGGACUUCUUGGACAAUGUUAGCUCGUCUUAUUGGAAGAGUUUUGAAAUACUCAGUCUACUUGACAUGGAAGAUUUUGGAGUGAAAACUUUAUCAGAAACUAUUAGCACAUUGAUGGAGUUAAGGUAUUUGGGAUUGAGAAACAAUUAUAUACAAGAGAUCCCACACUCGUUCGGGGGCUUGAAAAAGCUUGAGGUUUUCGAUAUUGCUCUAAACUUUUUGGUGGAGGUGCCGGAUAUCAUCAAGGAAAUGGUUAGCCUUAAUCAUCUUUACAUGUCUGAUGUGAUUUGCCCAAACCCUUUGAAAGUGGAUUUUUCACAGAAUCUUGAAACCCUAACCUACAUCUCGAUUAAUGAUUGGACGUAUGAGGUCAUAAGGUUGAAGUGGAUGAGUCGUCUCCGUAAAUUGGGCAUUGAAGAAAUUGAUGAAAACUCGGUUGUAAGCAAUCUCUUUCCAUCACUUUCUAAGUUGGAGAACUUUAGGCAUCUUACCUUGAGGGGGUUUCGUUUCAGAAGCAUGGCAUAUUUGGACGAGAUUGGUGUUCUAGAUAAUCUCUAUAAACUCCGACUGGAUGGACGCCUAGCUAGACUACCAAGGGCCCUCAAAUCUCUUAAAAAACUUUUGUACUUGGUUUUGGUAAAUACUUGUCUUGACGAAGACCCCAUGCAAUUAUUAAAGAAAUUGCGCUAUCUAAGAGGUCUCAAACUGCAGAAUGCAUACACUGGUUCACGAAUGGUGAUCGAGGAGGACAAACUUCAAUAUCUCGAGAUCCUGCGCAUCAAUGAGUUGUGGAAUAUGUCAUGUUUUACGGUUGGAAAAAGAGGAAUAUGCCGUCUAGAAGAACUAGAAAUCAAGAAUUGUCCACGCCUCGAGACCCUCCCAGAACAGAUUGGGUCGAUAUUUAAAAUGAGGAAGUUAAAGAUGGUAACAACUAAACGCAUUGCAACAAAGAUCAGAAAUUCGAGCUUCAUCUCCAAUACUACUAUAAUGGAAGUGGAUAUCAGUCCAUAAUGUUAGAUUCUCAAGUCCCAACUGCAUGUAUCUUCCAAGAAGCUCGAAAGACCUUCGGCCAACGCGUUCACGACCCUGUCAUUGGAGCAG